AUGAGAUUCAUCUCAAGAUUGUACGCGUGCUUUGUAGCCACCGUCAUAUUUGUGCUGUACUUCAAUUGGGUACGGCCUUCGGCCUACAUUCAAGACAACAUUCAAAGAGUCUGGAAUCGGCACGCCCAUCGCGUUGUUGUUUUUGGUGACGAUUGGUCCGAUACAGGGGCAUAUCGAGUGUCCCCGCCACCCAAAGGAACCACCCGAGACAGAGACCCUCAUCAAGGAAAAUUGUGGACGCAAACCUUGUGCAAUGAGCUGAAAUGCGAUUAUAUUGACAAUUAUGCUCGCUCACUUCCCGCCAAAGCGGACAUGAAUACGAUUGGGUCCUUGAUCAAUGCCGGUAUCUUGGCCAAUACAACAGGAAACGCGAAUCAUGAGAAAUCCGUACUGUUUGAUUUCGAAACACAGGUUCAGCAAUUUCUCAAAUAUGAGAAGAAGGGGCUUCCUGCCGCGCUCCGCCAAUCCAAUCACCGCACUGUUUUCACCGUAACAUUUGGCAUCUGGGACUUGUUGGCGUAUUCUUCCCUGGAACAAGAUGUUGGCACCAAGGCAAUCGAUCGCAGCAUCGCUGAAUUGAUGCGUAACCUGGAUAUUCUGGCAGAUCAUGUUCAAGGGUCCCUGCAGGUCGUGGUACCGGCUGUGCUGGAUGUGACGUUUCUUCCACGUUUUUCCAGUCGGAGAAAUGAGUCAACCACAAUGUAUGCAGUGGAUCAUCAUAAAACCGUCUACAUGUGGCACUAUUGGAACGGCGUGUUAUCCAAAGCCGCUGAAGCCUGGGACAAGGGUGACUUGUAUAUGCCAGACUUUCACAACAUCGUCAUUGACCAAGUCCGCGACCACCAGCUUUACUACAAUCAAUUAACAGACGGCGACGGCUUUGGUACACAGGCACCUCUCUUUCAUUAUGUUGAACAACCGUGCUUGAGCCGCAAUGUAACCGACCUGCAAGCACCCGCUGUCGAGAAGUGUUCCGAACCUACCCGCCACCUAUUUUGGGACGACAUGCAUCUCAGCGGCCCUGCCCACCGACUAAUCGGAAUAGAGGCCGCUCGCCUGGUGCACGGAAACGCGACAUUCAACAGCGUCGCCCGCGAACAAGCUUUGCAGCGAGCUCCCCCUCAGGCGACGCAUAAAGCCAGGCGACGCAUAAAGCUGAGCGACGAAGCCCAGGUUUCGGACUGA